AUGGAAUUUGAACUUGUAGCAAAAGCCAAGAUAACCCUAGAACUAGUAGAAAAGGAUGGUGUAACAAUCCCUCAAGGACUCACCUUCAUUUCAGUACAAAGAUUACCUCACAGCGGCAUCCUGUACGAACUUGACUCAGUGAAAUCAGCACAAUGGUUCGAAAUACCAGCCCACCGAGGAAAGUUUGUCGUAAACUUCAGCACCAAUGCCACCAUCAAGGACUGCUCCUUCCACAUCCUAAUGGAAAAUAUACCUAUCUCAUACGACCCUGGAUCCAUAUACACCAACUUGGACAUCAAAAAGAAAGGAGGUCUCAAACCAGGAUCGAUCACAAAAGCAAGAUGGAUUAAACUGAUCACAAGGCGAAGCCCUACACAACAAACAGCACAUGCAAUUGUCACCCUCAAGACAAAAGAGAGCACCAACCAAAUACUUCACUUCGGCAUCUCCAUGGAGGGCAAGAAAGUCUUUGGAUGCAAACUUCUACCAGAACCAACAUGCUGCCUCAAAUGCCAAUCCUUCGAUGGAACUCACGUUGCAGCAGAAUGCACUCAACAACACGACAUGUGCGGCACAUGCAGAGCUGAACACUGA